UCGGUCCGGUUUGGAAAAAUCAGUGGAAAGCAUAACACAUUGCGCCGCCACCACGUCUCGUUGCCUUGCAAAUUAAUUAAAUCCGACACCAUCGCCUUCGUCUUCUUCCACUCAGAUGGCGGAGCGCCGCGAACGGCUCCUCCCCCGGAAGCCAUCUUCCACCUCCGGGUCCCGCGAGCCCAUCCCUGUCCGCCGCCCUCUCUUCCAGGGCGUCGAUUUCUCCGGCCUCAAGAAGCGCGGCCAGAGCCUCCGCUCCUGGAUUCGCGUCGACGCCGCCACCGGCAACUCCCAGGUCAUCGAGGUCGAUAAGUUCACCAUGAUGCGCCGGUGUGACCUCCCCGCCCGCGACCUCCGCCUUCUCGACCCCCUCUUCGUCUACCCCUCCACCAUCCUCGGCCGCGAGAAAGCCAUCGUCGUCAACCUCGAGCAGAUCCGAUGCAUCAUCACCGCUGAUGAGGUCCUUCUUCUCAACUCCCUAGACAGUUACGUCCUACAGUACGUGGUUGAACUCCAACGGCGCCUAGCGGCCAGCAACGCCGAGGUGCUCUCCGGCGGGGCGCCUUCGCCUGAUGACCUGCCCUUCGAGUUCAGGGCCCUCGAGGUCGCCCUCGAUGCCGCCUGCACUUUUCUCGACGCACAGGCAGCAGAAUUAGAAAUUGAGGCAUAUCCAUUGUUGGAUGAGUUGACAUCUAAAAUCAGUACCCUUAACUUGGAAAAGGUUCGUCGCUUGAAGAGCAGGCUUGUUGCCUUAACUCGGAGAGUUCAAAAGGUUAGAGAUGAAAUAGAACAACUGAUGGAUGAUGAUGGUGAUAUGGCUGAAAUGUAUCUCACAGAGAAGAAAAGGCGGACGGAAACAUCUUUUUUUGGCGAUCAAUCAUUCCAUGGGUUCAAUUUGGCUGCUGGUGGUGUGUCAGUUUCUGCUCCAGUUUCGCCUGUUUCUUCACCACCUGACACUCAUAAGCUUGAGAAGACUUUAAGUUUUGCAAGGAGCAGACGUGACAGUAUGAAAAGUUCCAGCACUAUUACAGAGAACAUAGAGGAAUUGGAAAUGUUAUUGGAAGCUUAUUUCGUGGUCAUUGAUAGCACACUGAACAAACUGACCUCAUUGAAAGAGUAUAUUGAUGACACUGAGGAUUUCAUUAACAUUCAGCUGGACACUGUGCGGAAUCAAUUGAUCCAGUUUGAGCUGCUACUAACUACUGCCACAUUUGUCGUCGCCAUCUUUGGAGUUGUUGCCGGGAUAUUUGGUAUGAACUUUGAGAUUACUUUAUUUGAAGUACCAUCUGCAUUCCAGUGGACCUUGGUGAUCACUGGAGUGACCGGCUUAAUUAUUUUCUGUUUGUUCUUAUACUAUUUCAAGUACAGAAGACUAAUGCCCUUGUAAGUAGCCAUUUGAGGAGACGAAAGGCUCUUCCCCUAAAUAUUAUGCUUAGCUUUGCAACACGUAUCCUUCAACACCCCAUUAUUUUAUUACGUGUAUAUUAAAUUCUAGUAUCUUGCUUGUAACAAAAGGCUUUUAAAUAAAUAAUAGAUUUGGCAAUGGAAAAUUUAUUCAA